AUGCUACACCGAGCAGGUUUGGUCCUGCCACUCCUGGCCCUCGCAAAAGCGCAUUCACAAUCAUCUUUCCUUCCCACGAACGAUUGCCCAAUCCUGGGACCGAGCUUCCCUUCAGACUUCGAUAUUCCUCAGUCUAAGUACAUCAAAGAAGCCAUUGAGGCCUUCCCAUCUCUUGUCGACAGACUGUUCGAAGAGGAGGUGCUUCCCAAAAACGCGACAUCUUUCCAUAUCGACGUGUUUUCAACCCGAACGAAUGCUUCUAUCUAUGAAUACUCGCAUACGGCGGAUAUCCAUAAGUCAGCUCUGACCAGUGGUGUUCUUGAUGAUGGCACUAUCUUCCGCAUCGGAAGCGUGUCGAAGUUGUUCACCGUGUACACCCUUUUGAAUGUUGCUGGCAUUGAGAUAUUCCAGCAUCCUGUCACACAGUAUCUUCCGGAGCUCAAGGGGAACACCAACAGAUCGAAGAUCAUAUGGGAAGAAAUAACAGUGGGCGCUCUUGCAUCGCAGCAGGGAGGCGUUGGAGGUUUCCGUAAGUCCAGCGACUAUCCGUCCGAGAACGUUGACUAA